AUGGGGAAGUUAUUUUCGAAGCUGUUUGGCAACAAAGAGAUGCGCAUACUUAUGCUUGGCCUAGAUGCGGCUGGCAAAACAACAAUUCUCUAUCGGCUUAAGCUGCGGGAUUCCGUGGCUACAAUACCCACAGUCGGUUUUAAUGUGGAAACCGUUACUUACGGAAAACUUCGCUUUAACGUUUGGGACGUCGGCGGACAAGAAAAAAUCCGUCCUCUCUGGAGACACUAUUACACCGGCACACAAGGCCUUAUUUUUGUGGUUGACAGUGCUGAUCGGGAUCGUAUCGAAGAGGCCCAGAUAGAACUACAUCGCAUUGCCAAUGACAAAGAGAUGCAAGAUGCUAUCAUUUUAGUUUUCGCCAACAAACAGGACAUUCCCGAUGGUACGUACUCUUAUUUCUAUUUCAGUUCCCUCGGGCAUACUCAAUCAGCAAAAGAGUAA